GUGGCGGCGAGUAGUAAUCAGUUGGCUGCCUUGGACGCAGUGUGCUCCACUGCCGAUAGUGAGCUAGUUUCAAGUUCAUCGAGGUGCAUUCACUGCAACGCGUCACUCGUAGUCUUUUCUCCGUGUGUUGCGCAAUGACGGGAGGGCUGUAACGCAUACCCCUAGACUUCUCAAUAUUAUUGAAAUAUUUAAGUGGAGACGAAGCUGCAGCGCGUGAUAUGGAGGUCUGGAGUAGCAGGUCGUUGUCGCUCCUCUACACUAACAAAUGGUUCCUCUUGCUACAACACCAAAAUUGGAACUGGAGUGCAGUCUAAUAUAUUUGUUGUAGUCGAGCUUGUAAAUAUUUAGCUCUCAUUAUAAUAGAAACAUUAGCGACUUUCAUCAUGAAGAUCAAUCGAGACACCGUCCUCAUUAAAGCUCACUACUUCUUCUUCUUUGCUGGCAUGGUGCCGGUGCUGCCCUUCUCGAUGGUCUUGGGCUUGGGGCUCGGCGUGCCUAUAAUUUUACAAGGCCUCAUGGCUGCCGUUGUCCUGGUCGGAACUGUGAUCGCCAAGCCUAUUCUUUCCCUCAUCGCUGAUACUUUCCCGAGAUCUAGGAGAAUUAUCUUCAUAGCUUCAAUUUUGAUGUGUGGAUUGUCACUAGGUUGUGUUUGUUUCGUCCCUUCGUUUGGACUGGAACCGUCGUUCGAUAAGGCUUGGUUACUGCCAGCAAACUACAACAUUACCGAUGCCGAGAAAAUUCAUAGAAAGCCUUCGAGUGAAAAGUUGACCUUAAUUUCCGACGAUAGCAAAUUUAAUGAAGAGAUAAUAGGAAAUCAAUCCAAAUGGGAAUCAUUGGGUGAAAUUCCAGGAAUGGAAAAAUAUGUUGCUAAUUUUUCGUGGUCAGACUUGACCUUAUAUCUACCAGUUGGCGAAUCAUGCCAUUUAGUGUCUGGUGUCGACUGCCAAUUAACCAGAAAAUACCCAAGUAGAACCGUAGAUCAUCUUCAAGUAACUCUUGCAAGUAAUUAUUCAUCUUCGGAAUUAGGCUUACUGCCUUACCGAAUAGCAUCAAGAAAUAUUCUUAACUUGGACGUUGUUGGUAGGGUGAGUGUAAAAUGUAAUGCAGGCCAGCAGGAAGGAUUAGGAUGUCAACCUGUAGAAGUUUGGACUAAGAUGGGCUUUUGGGCAUUUUUUUCGCUCAUGAUGAUCGGUAUGAUCUCAUUCUGCACUGCCAACUCAUUUUCGGAUGCUGUAACGAUCGAGACCAUUGGCCCUUCUGGUAACUAUGGUUCUCAAAGAGCUUGGGGAUCCUUGGGCUGGGGGCUAAUGGGCCCUGUGAGUGGUCUUCUUGUGGACUGGUGGUCUGGCUACGCGGAACUGAAGGACUACACCCCAGCCUACCUACUAGUCUUUCUAAUCAUGGGUGUGGACGUCGUUCUUUCCUCCAACCUCAAAGUCCCCAAACUGGAUGCAGAAAGAAACGUUUGGAGCUCCGUGUGGCCGCUGCUUCAAGAACCUCGCUUCUUCUUAUUCCUUUUAUUCUCCGUCCUCAACGGUUGUUUCGAUGGAGUCGUACUCAAUUUUUUGUUUGUGCUACAGGAGGACAUGGCAGCAGGCAGCGCUGCAGUGCAAAACAUCAAGUUCCUGCAAGGCAUCACCAUCUUCGUGCAGUGUGCCACAGAGGUUCCCUGCAUGUUCUUUUCUCACGUGUUGGUGAAGAAAAUAGGUGCUGAUCGCGUGACAACCCUGGUGUUGGGUCUGCACGCCAUCCGCCUGUACCUGAUCACGUGUGUGGGGACGUGGGGCAAUGUUUGGCUCACGGUCGCGGUGGAGGUGCUGAACGGCCCGUGCUACGGCCUCGGCUACAGCGCCAUCGUCGUCUACGCCGGACAGCUCGCACCUCCGGGCGCCUCCACCACCGUCCAGAGCCUCGCCAACAUCUGCUACGAGAGCAUCGGUUAUGCUCUGUGUUCGGUGACAUCUGGCGUGAUAGUUGCGACGGCGGGCAGCGUUCGUCUGUUCCUCGUCUGGGGCGUCGUUGCUUCAAUUACCACACUUCUCCACUUCUUCUAUGUCGUCUGGAUUGCUUCCAGAGCUGAUCCUCUAGUCAACCCCUCUCUUCAAAAACGUUGCAACAACGAAGGGGAGGCCACCGUCGAGGAGCAUUUGUACCUGAGAGCUGAGAACUCCGACCACACGCACAUCAAGCCAGUAAACAGCGAGGCCUCGCGAAACUCUUCCUCCAGCAAACGUCCUAGCUCAGGUGCCUUUAGUGAACAAAAGGUCGCGGGUCUCAGCGGGCUCCGUUCUUCUGAUAAUGAAGACUCGGAUACUGAGUCUGAGUUGUGCGAGAGCAUCCGCGAGAAACUGAGCAGCUGUGCAGAUGAACCUUGCAUGUGCAUACGGCACUCAAAGACCGGCAUCACCAUCGCUGAGUGCCGGAAAUGCGCUGCCGAGAAGACCUGCUUCUUGAACGGGUCCGUGGGUCCGGCUUGUGGCCCUAGCUACCUGCAAGAUGUCGAUAAGCAACCGCUUGCUGAUGCAAUUAAUAGUGAUGGAAAUCGAAAUAGCAGCGCAUGUACUCUAAAUCAUUUUCCUAUAGCUUCAAUUGACGUUUCCAAUGUUAGAGACACUAGGGCUCUUGAUAGCACCAGCAAUUUGCAGGGGCUAGAGACUGGUCCAACCGACCGCUCUACGCUGUACUGUUACGUCAGCAAUGUUUAGGCCUUUCCUCUUACCCAUGGCAGUCAUCGUAGGUUGUGGUUACAAAGAUCUGUAAUAAUAUAGUUACUGUGAAAUAACUAUCGUUAUUAUUGAAUGAAGGCUGAUAAGGUGUAUGUCGGGAUUUGAAGAAGCCAUGAGAAACAUUCAGCUGACAUCAUACACAGUUACUCGUGAGUCGUAGGAAGACCAGUCAUAUACUGCCCUCUCGAUGAAUCUGUUAAAUGUUGAAUAAUUGUAAUCACAAAGAUUUUUUAAUAUAGAUGGAAUUUAAUGCACACUUAUUGCUGGAAAAACUUUUUAUACGAAGAUUUCACUGAUUAAUAAUGAUGUAACGGAUGUUUUUUUGUAGAUAUGGCGCUUUGUAUUUCUCUUGCUCGACUUUUUCUCCAGCAUCUUGCUCGACCAGUAUCUUCACACCUAUCAGUAAGGGAACAAAAUAUACAUAUUUUUUGGAGCACAAGAGCUUAUAAUGAGCACGGCGCGGAACUUUACUACUUUAUAAGUAUUUUUUAGUUGCGAUGUCAUUAAACGGCCUAAUUAAAAUUUGACUAAUUAUGGCUUUUUGUCACUUAGCAUCACAUACAAUUAUAAGUCGCAAUUUUGUGUUCAUAAAUGGAAAUGAUAUAGAAUUUGUUCGCACUCAGGUGAACUAUGGACCGAAAUUAUAAUGUUGGAAGUUUAACGAGUUCUUAAAAACUUUCAUGAGUAAAAUUUGAUGGCAUGUAAUUAAUACUUUUGAUAUACGGAUAAAUGAUCUGCAUGGCUGGGUAAUUCUCAACGCCUGAACAGAUGUUGCCGUAUUUUGUUGCCUAUCGAGAAUAGCACAAUUCUUGCACUCUCGCGGAUAUUCUCAAAUUAAAUAGUUCACCGGAUCUCUAACUUAUAAUUUCACGUGGAAAUUGUUCAAUGAAUUUUUUCCGAGGAAACGACGCUGUUAUUCAUGAAUCUGCACAUUCUCUUUGUUUUAUUCACGCUUGACUUCGAGUAUCGAAGUUUUGAACCAUCCAAGUUAUUACUUACAAUGAAUGUUCUUUGUGAAUUUAAAAAGAAAAGAAAUGAUCAGUGAUGGCCGAUUGCUACGUUGUUUGCAUGCCUCAACUCAUGACAUGAUUGCUGGAGUGAGACAUCUUUUUUUUAUCUCCCUACAAUAUUAAUUCAUAGUUUGCUUGAUACAUUUAAAGCAUAACAUUUAUUUUCGAAAUAUUGCUCACCCAAUUAGUUGCCGUUCAUUCAAACUUAGGGUGUUCAAAGCUAAAUUAGAAAGGCAAGGUUGCGGACAAUUUGAAUAAGCUGUUCUAGGUGCUCAGGGUGGACUAAGCAGUGUCGCCUCCACGAGUGUGUUUGUGCCCGUCUGGAAUUUCUCGAAAAUUUGUUCAUUUAUUUCAUUAUUAUAAAUUUGAUGGCAAUUACCUGUAAGCAAUAAAUUCUUCAGGAAAAAUCACUGUGCAAAUUAUCUUUAAUUUUGUGUGUCGCGUGGUGUCCUCAUCUCAGGCGCUAGCAACCUCCUUUAGACGCAGAGCAACACUGCCUGCAGCUCUAGAGGGAGUUAGCUGAACUAAUUAGUAGCGAUGCAGUUUCAUUGCUCAUUGAAAGAAACGAGUAUGAGAUUCGCGCAAUAACUUGCUCUUUAGAUCAUUUGUAAGAUAUUACAUUUUUUAGCAUGCAAUGACUUCUUGGCAUAUGAAGCCAUGUUCAUCAUUUUAUACUUACGAUCGUUCUGUACAUCGUCCAAUUGUUCUCUAGUAGUGUAAGUUUAUCACUUCGUAUUCAUGAGGCUAACUCAUACAUUCAAAGUUACCCAUCUAAAUCUCACUUCGGGGUCGCAAGAGAUUCAAAACAGAUGUGGUGUUGCCGCAAGCAGUUAUGUGGGUGAGCGACGUACGAAGUAUUUAGACGGAACACGGAAGACAAGACAGCCUGAGGGAACAUUUACUCGACAUGCAUCCUUACGUGUGUGCUGAUCACAACGUGGAUAUACAGGACGUGGCUGGGUCGCUUCCAAGACUCAGCACGAGAGCAUUAAUAUCAUAAGAUGUUGUUAGGAAUUGCAAUUACGUGCGCCUUAAUUAGGGCUGUUGCAUAGUUCACAUUGAUAUAUUAAUUACGAUUUUCUGUGAUCUUGAUUGUAAUCUCGGAGCAAUUAAUGCCAGUAUAAA